CAAGGCACAGAAACUCCACGUUAAAACCUACAAAGUUACAACCAGAUCUUCAUCCUGAGCGUUCUUGAGCCAUGAUUAUUACACAGCCUUUUGAUUGCACUUUCUUUGUGAUAGCAUGCAUUUUUUUAAAAUGCUGCUUUGCCUUUGACAUGGGUGCAGAACAAACUAAAAAUGAUGCUACAGAAAUAUUCUACAAUCUCAAGGUGCUACAGCAUGAACGUCCAAGUAAUUUAACAUUAAAUCAGGCAAGGAAUGGAGGAAGGCUACCUAACCCUUCAGACAUGGAUCAUAAAGAUCAAUCUCAAGUUGGUUGUCGUGAGCUCAGAUCAACCAAAUACAUUUCUGAUGGUCUGUGCACAAGUAUCAAUCCAGUGAAGGAGUUAGUGUGUGCAGGAGAGUGCUUACCUAUGCCAGUGCUUCCUAACUGGAUUGGAGGUUAUGGCAGAAAAUACUGGAGUAGAAGGAACACACAAGAGUGGCGCUGUGUGACUGACAAGACUCGCACCGAGAGAAUUCAGCUCCAGUGCCAGAAUGGAGGGACACGAACCUACAAAAUCACUAUAGUUACUUCUUGCAAGUGCAAGAGAUACACACGACAGCACAAUGCAUCAAGCAUUAUCAACUUCGAGGCCGCAUUUCCAGCAAGCAAGAGAAGAUCCAGAGGCAAAAAAAAAUCUCGUAAGAUUCACCAAGAGGAGAUCAAACGUAAGAGAAAUUGGCAUGAAUUGGAAGACAAACAGUGAUGUUUUUGCACCAUGUGAACCAUACUAUAUAAGAAUGAACUCCCUAUGUUGUUCAGCAUACCAUCAAACAAGUUUAUUCCAUAUUUCCUAGGUAUGAUUAAUUGAUUAAAACAAGGAUUAGUUUAUAGUCCAGCAGGUAAGUAUUAUCCACCCAGACUCCUGAAUGAAACAUGUAUGCUCAGGAACCUGGACACAUUAAUUAAUGUUUUCAAUACCAUUCCUUAUUCUGUACCUUCCGCUUAAAAUUAUAAUAGCAGCACUUUGGAUAAUAAUUAAGAAAACAAAAACAUAAUAAGACAGUGAAGAAAAAUUAAGUUGUAUGACUCAAAUUCACAGAUUAUUACUCCCAAUGAUUGAAUAAACCAUACUAGGAAUUACAAUUGUUUAAAUUUGAUCAUCAAAUUAAUUAAAGCAAUUUAAGCUAUUCAGAUAAAUACUGUUGGAUGGAUUUCUAACUAGCCCAGUGCUCCUCACAUAUUCAUCAUCAUCAUUAUUACGUGCUGUGUCAUAUGAUGUGGGUGAUCAUGGUCUUCUACAGAAGAGAUUUGCCAUUGCCACCUUCUGGGCAGUGUCCUUACAAGACGGGUGACCCCAGCCAUUAUCAAUACUCUUCACAGAUUGUCUGCCUGGCGUUAGUGGUCACACCAGCUGCACCACCUGCUCCACCUGCUCCACCUGUUCACAUGAUCCUUAUCGGGGGCUGGGGGGCUCUGCAGGUGUUACACCUUGCCCAAGGGUGACCUGCAGCCUAGCAGAGGGAAGGUGUGCCUUACACCUCCUUUGGUAGAGACACAUCCCAACCCCACCACCCAGCACAUAUAUUAAACACUCUCAAAUCUUUCAUGUAUACAACAUUCAUCUUUAGUGCAGAAACAGGAGGUUGCACAAGGGAUGAAAGUAAUCAAGUCAGGUCAAUGAUGAUAAUUCAACUCUUCAAAUUCCCAGCAGAAACUUAUACCCAUUUCUGAUCUAUGUUUAGGAAAUAAGGUUCAUUUUACACAAAGCAUGUCAAACUCCAAUGAUACUUCAACCUUUAAACCUUUAAUGUUUAUUUAGUAUUCAAGGAUGAUACUGGUCAAUUAUCAUAUUAAAUCGAAUCAAGGGACAGAGACUUCAACAGUUAAACAUGCAUUGCUGUAUAUUUAUUGUUUCUCAAUGUGAUUAUUUAAUAAAUGAUUGUUUUUGGUUCUAAAGAAUUAUUAAGGAUACGUUUUAUAAUUUUCCCUUGUAUCUGUAUUUUCCAAGUCCAAUAGUAGCAAAUUAGAAUACAUGUACAAGUAUGUAGUUUGAAUUUUGUACAGGUAUUGGUUGUACGGUUUAUCAGAGUAAACUCUACUUAUCUUUACUUAAUCAAUCAAUAAAAUGGAAAGAUCUUUACCUUCUACCGAACACACUUUUCUGAUUUAAGUAGAUGUUUUUUGUCUUUUAAUGAUUGAUUCCCGACAACAUGUAGAAAACUCAUUAAUAAAGUCAC